AUGCCUAAAACUAACAAUACACGAAGUAAAAAUUCCCAAGCAAAAGAUACUUUACCAAAAAGAAUAUCUUUAACUCUUGCUCAAAAAUAUGAAAUAUGUCUUAGAAAAGUUACUGAGCCUUCUAUAAAAAAUAAAGAACUAGCAGUAAUAUAUAAUGUUAGUGAAGAAUCACCCGAAGCUCAAGGUAAAAGACAGAUCAAGGUAAAUUUUCCAGAAAUUGAAGAAGCUCUUACAUUAUGGGUAUUAAAGGCUUUAGAACAUGGUGUUGAUAUCA